AUGAUAUCAAUUCUCGACGAUCCAGCGCAAGCUUUGGCAUCUGGAGAGAAAGAUUCGGCUACCAAGAUGCCCACAGUACCUGGAGAGCAAUUAUCAAGUAACCUUCUCAAGGGUAAAACACAAACCCAUCAUGAGACUACUUGUGAUUCACGUUCCAGAACGUCCAAAGUGAAACUGAAUUUGAUGGCGACUCGUGUGUUGUACGAA